AUGAGUGACGCCACAACCUCCCUGCUCACGGAGCAUUUCAGCUACACCCCUCUGUCUCUCAUCGACGACAUCAUCAACUCAAUCAACAACUUAAUCUACCAAGCGAUCUCGAGUCUCGAGACUGGCCUACUCAACACCCCUCCGGAACGCCUAGGAUUCGCGCACGCCGCCAACGGCUCCACGAUCCCCGACACCGACGAGGAUGGAAACGUGAUCUACCCGGAGGCGCAGUUGGAGAUUGAGAAUGGCCUGCACCAGCUGGAGACGCUCCUCGAGGCGACCGUCGACAAGACGUUCGACAAAUUCGAGCUGUUCGUCCUGCGGAAUACCUUCAAGGUCCCCGAGGACCUUAUGGGCUGGAUUCGGCUCAAGCAUUAUGAGAAUCUAGAUCUGACCCCGCCCGAAGACGCGCCUACUCCCGAUACGAUCUCCGCUCAGCGCAAGAAGCUACACGAAACCAAGAAGCUGAACCGGGCCCUGAAACAGGAGAGCGCCCAGAACGAGGCGAUCAUUGCGCAGUUGCGGUCCAUGCUGUCGAACGUACCGAAAGACGACGCCACAAAAGCGGAUACCGAAGCGCCAGCGAAAACCAAGGAUCUGGACCUGUCGUUCCUGACCUCGAGCGCGGCUGCGCGACAGUUGCGGGUUGGGGCUGUGGCCGGAUCGAACACUCAGCACACACCCCUCACAACGAACACUACGUUUAUCUUGUCGCAACUGCCGGCGUUGCAGGCUUUGAUCAAAGAACUUCGGCCCAAGCUGGCGAGUCUGCAACAGUCCGAAGAUCAGAUGGAGGUGGACUCCGAGGCUGAUGCACGACGCGACUACAUUGAGAGUAGGGUUAGACUGCAUCUCGAGCGCGCCGGUCAACUGGCCGCUGGGAACGAAGGCAACCCCGUGAUCGGCGGCCGCAAAGUCAACGUUGCCGAAGCGCAGGCGCUUGAGUCUGUCAUGAGCUUACUUGCGGGAGGCAAAAAUAGAUCAGACUAG